AUGAAGAUUACUGAUUCCAUCUUAUUUCCUGUAAAUAUCCUGAAGAUGGUGACAAUCUUGGGCUUGAUCUUGGUAUUCACAUCGCUUGUUGGUAUACUGGGUGGAUACUACCGAGAAAGAAAAAAGAUCCACAUCUUGUAUACUACACUGGUAGUAGUUGCCUUUGUAUACCAAGUAUCAGUUGCCGUCAUUGUGUAUGAUCAGGCUGCUCACACAUCAAGCUGGAUGAGCGAUACCUGGAACAACUCGACCAAAGACUAUCGACUGUACGCACAAAAGAAAUUCAACUGUUGUGGUUUCUCUCAUCCUAUGGAUCAUGCCAUUGCUACAUCGACUUGCUUCCCAGAUCACAUUAUCAAUUCCGCACAGCCUUGCUAUGCACCAUUGACUAGAUUCAUUCAGUUGAAGCUAUCGCACAUGUACAUUGCCCUGUUUACGAGCUUAGCAAUUGAAUUGCUGGCUUUAUGUAAUGUAAUUACACAUCUAUGUACGUUGAACUCAAAGAAAUGGGAAGUCAGCCCAGAGGAACAGCAACAUUAUGUACAACACGAUAACUACUCGGCAGACACACUGGUUCCUUCGAAUACCACCAUAAUGCAGUCAAAGCCUAGACAAUUCUAA